AUGCCCAUCCUGGCACUGGGGUACAUAGGCUCUCUUGCCAUUGGAAGCUCUCCCAGGGCCGUGGGAGGGAUCCCCGACAUGCGCGACCGAGUGCCUGGUGGCCCGACACCGACAGCUUCCUCGCCACGCCCGUUCUAUCUCCGCCAAGCUCAGCACCGUCCGAAGGCGGGCCCUCGAGGAGGGCGAAGAGGUCCCAUUUGCGUGGAACGGUCUAACGAUCUUUCGACUUCCGUGAAGGAGGGUUUAUCACACCGGGCAUAUCCAGAGCCUGCCCUGCCUGCACUAACCAUGGCCCUUGUGCUGCCAGUAUCACCCAUUGAGGUUGUCGAACCAGUGAUGGAAACGCCUCCCGAGAUUGGCGACGAGCUAACUCAGAAGGAUCUUCGCCCCCGUCCGAAAACGAGACCAAUGGCCCGCAAAGGACGAAAGGAAGCUAGGACGAGAACAAGGGGCCUAUGUGACCCGUCUGUCUGGAUGCGGGAAGUUGGUUUCUAA